CGCGAGCGGCUGGCAGCGGCGGCGCUGAAGGAGUGUGCGGCGGAAUGGGGGAUGAGCGCGACGGGGUGGGCGCCGGGCGCGGAGUGCGCGCAGGCGCAGGCCAUCACAUGUGACAGCGAUGGCAUGGUGACGUCUCUGGACGUGGCACAGAGGAACCUCACCGGCUCCCUGCCCUUCGCCCUCUCCGCCCUCUCCCGCCUCCACUCCCUUAAUGUGCGCAGCAACCAAUUGUCGGGACCUCUGCCGCCCGCCCUCUCCACUCUCGCCCGCCUGCGCACCCU